AUGCACUUCUCAACGCUCCUCUCCGCUGCCUUCACCAUCGCUAUCGCCUACGCAGCAGUCAAUGAGCCUUGUGUCGGUUCCGGCGGUGCCCCAGGCGUCUGCGUCAAAUCCUCCGAAUGCACCUCCUCCGGCGGCACCUCCAUCCCCGGCGCCUGCCCCUCCGACCCCGCGGACAUAAAAUGCUGCACCAAGCCCGUCUGCCCAAAAGGCAACUGUCGCUGGUCCUCGGACUGUACCGGUCCCUCCAUCUCCGGCGAGUGUCCCGGCCCCGCAUCCUUCAAGUGCUGUCAAGCGAACACGUCUGGCUGGGGAGGCUAUAAAGCGCCGGAUUUCCCGCCCGUGGGCGAGUGUAAGGCUGUUAGUGUUAAUGGGGCGAAGAGGAUUGUUGCGGCGUUUCCGGGGAGGGUGCAUGUGGUUUAUUGUACGAGGGAUUGUAAGUGUGGGAGUGGGAGUGAUCAUUGUUGUGGGAAGGCGAGUGAUAUUAUGUGUUCGGAUGAUGGUGGAAAAGCGACGACUUCGGGACAGGAAAUUGCCGAGUGGGUUAUGCAUCAUAAGACGGAGUUGAAGGUUAAAUAUGUUAUUUGGGGUCAGAGGAUUUGGAAUUCGGAUGAUGGUGUUAAAGGGUGGAAGAGUUGGAAACCGAUGGAGGAUCGGGGGAGUAUUACUGCUAAUCAUUGGGAUCAUGUGCAUGUUAGUUAUAACUAG